CGUAUUUUCCGCACUGCGAGUGUGUUGUUCUCCCGUCAAUCUCUUCGCACACUAUAUGGUCCUGCCUCCCCUAUAAACGCAUCGAUUGCAAAUGCAAACCCAGCAUAGUGGUAAAAUGGCAAAGAUAUUAGACAAUCAGCACUCACCUCUAUACUCCGUACCUAUACCAAGCCAUCAGGAUAGGCGGCGACAGUUGCCAAAGACAAUGCAAACGAGAAACAAACAUGAGGUCGACAGUCGACAUGCUAAUCAACAUGAAAGGCGACGCAACCGGUGCUGCUCACAAUCAAUGAGCUUCCUCGUAGAAAGUAAUUCAUGCGAGACGAGCGUGUCUUUUUCGAGAACUUCACUGGGGAGGAUUAGAUACAUCCCUGAAUUCCUCCUUUACCCCCUACCCACCCUCACACCUUCUCUCAUCCUAAAUCGGCAACACCGACAUGCCCGGCCAGCAACACCCACUAACUCCGGCUUCAUCAGCAGUGACGACAGCUUUCCCCCAGCGCCUCGCCUACCGUGGAACGGGCCGCACAUCUCCGUCCUCCGUCGAUGAGGUCGCGCAAUUCCGGGUGCCACUGCGUCGCGAAGCCAAGAAGACGGCGGAAUGGCCGGUAGGGAGUAGCUAUUGUAGGUAGGAAUACCUGGUGGUGGGUGCCCUGCCGUGCCUGAGACAUUACCUAAAACGGACUAGCCUCAGGGCUCGACACAUCGUCAUAUCGCGACGCGACUGUUUCUUCAAGCUUCACGAGCUUCGACUCCGCCAACGCACACGCACACCAUGUCCGUGCUGCUCGAGACCUCCGUCGGCGACAUCACGAUCGACCUGCGCGUCGACGAGGCCCCCAAGUGCUGCGAAAAGUGAGUGCUGUCGCGCCCCUCGUGCAUUG